GUUAAAGGAGACGUGGUACGGCUGGCGGCCGACAGAGAGCGCCCCCUGUUGGUGGUGAACACAGGUAGCAGAUGUAUGGCUCCAGGGUUGUACUUCCCGGACACCUCGACGAUGGCCUCAUCCUUAACAGCUCCAUCUCCUGCCUUUCACCCACUUCGCCACCAAACACAGGAGGACCCAGGUGUUGCUGUAUUCAAGCUGGAACCUAAGAAACAGAGAGGACCUUUUCACUAUAAAUAUAGAAAGAAAAAAAUAAAGAAAAGAGCUGGUCUGUUGGGUAGUGUAGGGGACUGAUUCAGCGGUGGGUGUUGGGUAGUGUAGUUGGACUGAGUCAGUGGUAUCUGGUUGGGUAGUGUAGUUGGACUGAGUCAGUGGUGUCUGUUGGGUAGUGUAUUGGACUGAGUUAAGUGGGGUCUGUUGGCCGUAGUGUAGUUGAACUGAGUCAGUGGUGUGUUGGGUAGUUGUAGUUGGACUGAGUAAGUGGUGUCUGUGGGUAGUGUAGUUGGACUGAGUCAGUGGUGUCUGUUGGGUAGUGUAGUUGGAUGAGUCAGUGUGUCUUGUUGGGUAGUGUAGUUGGAUUGAGCAGUGGUGCUGUGGUAGUGUAGUUGGAUUGAGUCGGGUGGUGUCUGUUGGGUAGUGUAGUGGGACUGAGUCAGUGGGUCGUUCAUGGGUCAGGGUCUGCCUCACCAGUUGAUGUUAGGGCGGUGUUGUUGUAUUAGUAGUAGUAGUAGUAGUAGUAGUAGUAGUAGUAGUUGGUGUUUUCCACAUUCUGACCGCUGUGAUGCGCCCUUGCGGUGAGUUGGGCACUGGACCACAUUCUGCUCCUCCGGUGAGCGGACGCAUCACAGCGGUCAGAAUUGGGGAAAACAACAACUACACUACUACUACUACUACAUUACUCCUACUACUACGACAACAACAACGCCUACAUAACGGGGUGAGCGACCCUGACCCAUGAACGAAAACCACUGACUCAAGUGCCAACUACACUUACCCAAAAGGACACCACGACUCAAUCCAACUAACUACCAACAGACACCACUGACUCAAUCCAACUACACUACCAAAGACACCACUGACGCCAUCCAACUACCACUACCCAACGACACCCACGGACUCAGUCCACUACACUACCCACAGACACCACUGACUCAGUCCCAACUACACUACCCAAACAGACACACUGACUCAGUUCAACUACACUACCCAACAGACACCAAUUACUCAGUCCAACGACACUAUCCCCAACAGACACCACUGAUCAGUCCAACUACACUACCAACAGUACCACUGACUCAGUCCAACUACACUCCCCAUACACACACCGCUGACUCAGUCAAACUAACUACACAACAGCCACACUCUUUCUGUAUUUUUUUCUUUCGAUAUUUAUAGUGAAAAAGUCUGCUCUGUUUCUUAGGUUCCAGCUGAGUAAGCAACACCUGGUCUCCGUGUUUGGUGGACGAAGUGGGUGAAAAGCAGGAGAUGGAGCUGUUUAAGGAUAGAGGCCAUCGUCGAGGUGUCUGGGAAGUACAACACUGGAGACUACAUCGCUUACCUGGUGUUACACCACCAACAGGGGGCGCUCUCUGUCGGCGGCCAGCCGACCACGUCCUUUAAAUUCGACACAGCCACAUGGGCAGUGAGA